AUGUUUAAGUUGGUGGCAUUGUGCACUUUCUUGGCUGUGGCGGCAGCCAAGCCUGGUUUACUUAUCGCGCCAGCUGCUUAUUCAACGACCAUAGUAGAACCCGCGAGGACAACAAUAUCAGAACAGGCCAGCAGUGUCAUCCAUCCAUCACCGGCUUUCUACUCCGCUGGAUACCAAUUAACGCAUUUCAUAAACAAACGAUCAGCACCAGUGGCCUUUAACAGUUAUUUAGAUCCUGCUCACUACAUAGCCGGUACUCCGCUUGCGACAACAUACUCCUAUACUGCACCGUUCGUUCAAACAUCAUCGAUCCUGUCAGCAUCACCUGUAUACACCAAUACUCAUUUCAUAAAGAAGAGGUCUGCACCAGUAGUAACUUCGUAUAUUGCUCCUAGUACCUAUGCUGCUCCAUGGUAUACCUACACCGCCGCUUCGCCCGUAAUUUCGACUCCUCUCAUUUCGUCAUAUCCUAUUUCUUAUCAACCAUACUUUAUUAAAAAGUGA